AACCGAUCAGUCGAACUGAACCAUGAACCGGCCGGUUUUUGAAAUGGGUCAAAAAUCAAAAUUUCCAAAAACAGUGCGUUGAAACUUGGUUGUGAUUUUUGAACCCUAAUAUGCCUAACACACAGUAACACCCCUCUUGGCCUCUCCUCUCCAAGCAGAACGCGAAGCAGCACAUAGUAACACCCUAGCCCUAGGUUCCUUGCCGCCGCCGUCCCCAGGUUCUCGGCGCCUCCACUUCUUACUCUUCCCCCUGUCCGGAACCCAGGUAGCUCAGCUCGUCGUCCCCAUCUUCCCUGGCUUCUUUGUUCGUGGCUUGGAGCAGCUCGCCGUUGGGUCGCCGCUUGCCGUUGCCUCGCCUAUCGCCGUCGUCUGGCCAGUUGCCAUCCGUGUCUUCGUCGAAGAAGGUUCAGUGUUGGCUUCAACUUUCAAAUGGGAAUUGGGAGCUGGUGAAGAUAAUAACAUCUUUUGGAAGUGAGUCUGUUGUUUCCUUGCCUAAUGGAAAAAACAGUUUUUUCGGUUGAAUCACGGUUAGAUCGGUUGGACCAAUAAACCAAUAAACCAAUGACUAGAACGGUUCGAUAACCGGUUCGAUUUUCAGAACCUUGAUCCAAACAGAGUGAAACCUCCAAUUUUACCCUUAUUCCCUUAAGUCUAUCCGCGAACACUCCUGUCCGCCCAGCCCCAGACCUCCUCAGUCCUCACUCCUCAGACACAACCCCUCGUCCUUCAAUCUCCUCCGCCAUCCGCCGGACAGCAGCAGCCGCGGAGGCCCUAUCCGCUUUCCCUCCACCCUCCUCAACUCUCUGUCAGCCCUAUCCUCUCCCGCUCCCUUCGUCGUAGUCGCGCUCCCUCUCCGUCGCCCUCCACGCAGCAGCAGCCUCUGUGUCGUCCUCCACGCAGCAGUAUCCCGUGUCGUCCUCCGUGCAUCGCAGCGCACUCCAGCUGGCAGCCACUUCCGUGUCUUCGUCCUCUCCUUCCUGCACUCUGCCACAUCAUCAGCAUCAUCAAGAAUGGAGCCUUUGACUCAGUUUGAUAACAGUACAAGUGACAACAUUGGUGAAACAGGAAGACCGAAAAACCAAAUCAAAUCAAUCCAAUUACAAUUGGUUUAGUUUGGUUUGGUUAGCCUUAGAUAAAAAACCAACCGAAUAUUUGUUCAAUGUAUUGGAUGGCCUUUCCUCUAACAACCGAACUAUACUGCACUGUGAACACCGUUUCGGCCUUUUCUAAAACUCGGGUUUGGGCUCCACAUGAAAUGUUAUUGUUGUUGAAGCCCAACUCAUUCUCACAAGGUUCUGAAAUUCAAACACUUGGAAGUGUCUCACUAUAUAUUCUGUAUCUGGAAGUGUAAUUGUGAAGAGGAGAAAUCAUGUGUCAUAGUUACAAAGCUCUGGUUCUAAUUCAAAAAAUGGUGAAAGUGCCUCCAACAAAAGCACUUUCUUUGUUCAAUUCUUUAAACCAUCACCACACCCCUCAGUCUAUUUCCUUCAUUCUUAACCAUCUUCUCUCCUCUGCCAUGCUCUCCCAUGCCCAUUCACUUCUCCUCCGCCUCAUCUCCAGCAGAAUUUCCUCUCCUUUCUUCUCUCCAUCAUCACUCAUGCACCAACUCACACACACCCAGUUCAUUCAUAAUUCAACACAUACUCUUCUCUACGAGGCAAUCAUUAAUGCCUAUGUUCAUUCUCACUUACCUGAUCAAGCUCUCUGUUUCCUCAACCACAUGGUUCGUAAUGCCCAUUUUCCCACAUCAAACACCUUUAAUAACCUUUUGAUCUUGCUCCUUAGAUCUAAUUGUUUUGGUAAAGCAUGGCUGCUUUUCAAUGAAAUAAAGGGUAAGGUUGCUAUGGAUGUCUACAGUUUCGGGAUUAUGAUCAAGGGUUGCUGUGAAGUUGGUGACUUGAUCAAGAGUUUUCGGCUUUUGGCUUUGUUGAUUCGCAUGGGUUUCUCUCCAAAUGUUGUCUUAUACACUACCUUGAUUGAUGGUUGUUGCAAGAUUGGUGAUGUUCAUUUGGCAAAGAAGUUGUUUUGUAAGAUGGAGGGGUUGGGCUUAGUUCCCAAUCAGCACACUUAUAGUGUAUUGAUAAACAGGUUCUUCAAGCAAGGCCUUCAAAAGGAAGCAUUUCUAAUGUAUGAAAAUAUGAAGCAGAGAGGAACGGUGCCCAAUGUUUAUGCUUACAAUUGUAUCAUCAAAGAAUAUUGUAAGGAUGGGAAUGUAGAUAAGGCUUUUAAGGUGUUCAAUGAAAUGCGUGAGAAAGGUGUGGCAUAUGGUAUUGUAACGUAUAAUAUUUUGAUUGAUGGGUUGUGCAGGUUGAAGAAGCUUCAGGAAGCAGUAAAGUUGGUUGAUAAAGUGUAUCUUGUUGGCUUAACUCCUAAUUUAGUUACAUAUAAUACACUAAUCAAUGGUUUUGUGGCAUUGGAAAGAUGGACACUGCUGUUAGAUUAUUUAAUCAAUCAAAGGCAAUUGGACUAUCGCCAUCAUUGGUGA